GACAUCCACAUCCAAUUCACUUACGAAAUGGAAGUGGACAACAAAUUACCGUAUCUCGAUAUGCUCUUAACACGCCACAGCAAUCAGAACGUAACAACAUCUUGGUACCAAAAGCCCAUCGCCAGUGGACGUUUCCUACAGUACCAAUCGUUCCACCCCCUCGGCCAAAAACUGAAUGUAGCCCAAAAUUUUGCGCGCCGAGUGAAUCAGCUGUCCACCAAUCUCGACGAACAGUCCAAAAGGAAAAUCGUUGAUGAUCAACUAAAGCUGAAUGGAUAUCCAAAGCCGCUCAGAAGCCGAAUCAUCAACCGAAUGAACGAACGGAACACCAAUCGCUCCAUCCAACACAGCGUACAGAACCUGGAAUAUACUUACCUUUCUAUUCCGAACAUACCUCACCUGUCGAACAUGAUCGACAGGGUCAUCAGGCGGGAGUAUACACAAGUACGACUCGCCAAGUACAAUGUUAGAAAGGUAAACAACAUGUUCUCGAAGGUGAAAGAUCCUGUGCCGCAAGAAAGCCAAUCGAAUGUAAUCUACCGUGUACCUUGUUCAAACUGCGAAGCCUCCUACGUAGGAAUGACAACAAAUCGACUACGAACGAGGAUGAGUGGACAUAAGACGCACUACAACGCACUUGAUCGUCUAUUGGAACAGGGCAACACAACGACAGACGAAAUCGCCAACCUCGGGGAACGCACCGCUCUGAUGCAUCACAGCAUUGCAGAGAAUCACCGGUUCGACCUGAAAAAUGUGAAAAUUGUAGAUAGGGCAAACAACACACACACUCUACAGUUUUUAGAAAUGUGCCAUAUUAAAAACACUGCGCACGCCGUCAACAAACGGACCGAUACAGAAGGGCUUCAUGCCGUCUAUGCAGGGAUCCUACACGAAAUAGGGAAGAUAAACAAACCAGCCAACGAAACCGAUGAGAAUGCAAGCACAACCAAUACACAGCUACACACACCUUUAUAAAUCCCCUUCAUUUUACACACUCACACACUUUGCCACACAAAACAGUUUGUACGUCAGUCCGGUCGGAGAAAACAGUGACCAAAGCGUAGGCGAUAAAAAGUCGAAGAAAAUCGUAGGCGAUCAAAGUCGAUAAAGCCGUCAAGAAAGCUCCACUGAAAAUACAGUGAGGUACAAACGGAUCGAUACAAGAGCAGUGAGUAGUUUCUGGAAAUAUUGAAAAAUACGAAAAUGUAAUUUAAUUUUAAUUAGCCAUAGCGGACGCCAUUACACCAUGACUCCGUAUAUUGAACGUUUCCAGAAAUCUAACAAGAAAACGUGCAUCUAAUCCUUGAAAAAGGUUAAAUAAAUAACCGAAACCGUCGGGUUAAAAUGCAAUAAUCGUUUUUGCAAACGUUUAGAGACUGCCAAGGCCGAAAACACCCCCUCUGCCGGUGCA